GUCGCCAUCAUUUCCUGCAGCAGCCCCCUGAACGCGCUGCUCGCUCCCGCGCGUACAGCUCAGCAGCCGUGUGCUCGCUCUCGAACGCACGUUAACGGAAAGGCAAGCGGUCCUCCAGGAAGGCGCCCCCCCGUCCCGCCGCUCCUCUCCGCAGACCCGUCCACGGAGCCGAACCUUCCGGACCGAGUCCGCGCCGCUUCCGCCCCAGAGCCCCCGAAGCGCCGCUCCUCAUCAUGGCGACAGCUGCGGCGUCGGCCCCCGCCGGCUGCGGCCCCAGCCCCGGCGCGGGCACGGAGCUGGUCCGCGGGCAGGCCUUCGACGUGGGGCCCCGGUACAGCAGCCUGUCCUACAUCGGGGAGGGCGCGUACGGGAUGGUGUGCUCGGCGUACGACCGCGACAACAAGAUCCGCGUGGCCAUCAAGAAGAUCAGCCCCUUCGAGCACCAGACCUACUGCCAGCGCACGCUCCGGGAGAUCAAGAUCCUGCUGCGCUUCAAGCACGAGAACAUCAUCGGCAUAAACGACAUCAUCCGCGCGCCCACCAUCGAGCAGAUGAAGGACGUAUACAUCGUCCAGGACCUGAUGGAGACGGACCUGUACAAGCUCCUGAAGACCCAGCACCUGAGCAACGACCACAUCUGCUACUUCCUCUACCAGAUCCUGCGAGGCCUCAAGUACAUCCACUCUGCCAACGUGCUGCACCGCGACCUGAAGCCCUCCAACCUGCUGCUCAACACCACCUGCGAUCUGAAGAUCUGUGACUUCGGUCUGGCUCGAGUGGCGGAUCCCGACCACGAUCACACCGGCUUCCUCACGGAGUACGUGGCCACGCGCUGGUACCGCGCCCCGGAGAUCAUGCUCAACUCCAAGGGCUACACCAAGUCCAUCGACAUCUGGUCGGUGGGUUGCAUCCUGGCGGAGAUGCUGUCCAACCGGCCCAUCUUCCCGGGGAAGCACUACCUGGACCAGCUCAACCACAUUUUGGGGAUCCUGGGCUCGCCGUCUCAGGAGGACCUGAACUGCAUCAUCAACAUCAAGGCCAGGAACUACCUGCUGUCGCUGCCGCUGCGCUGCAAGGUGCCGUGGAACCGCCUCUUCCCCAACGCCGACCCCAAAGCUCUGGACCUGCUGGACAAGAUGCUGACCUUUAACCCUCACAAGAGGAUCGAGGUGGAGCAGGCCCUGGCUCACCCCUACCUGGAGCAAUACUACGACCCCACAGACGAGCCCGUCGCCGAGGCGCCGUUCAAGUUCGACAUGGAGCUGGACGACCUACCCAAAGAGACGCUGAAGGAGUACAUCUUUGAGGAGACGGCCCGCUUCCAGCCGGGCUUCCGGUCCUAACGGUCCUCAGGUGAGUGGUAACGGCCCUCAGGUGAGCGGUAACGG